AUGGCUUUCGACAAUCUGACGGAACGUACUGUUUUCAGAAAAAUCCAAGAAAAACCUGAGAACAAGGUAUGCUUCGAUUGUAAUGCGGAUGAUUCAACAUGGGCAUCGGUUACAUACGGGGUUUUUCUCUGCAUGGAUUGUUCAUCUGCCCAUCGAAAUCUCGGUGUUCAUAUCAGCUUCGUGAGGUCAACGAGUUUAGACUCAUGGAGCCAUGAGCAGUUGAGGGCGAUGAUGUUUGGUGGCAACAACCGCGCUCAGGUGUUCUUCAAGCAACAAGGAUGGCACUAUGCGGGACGAUUUGAAGCUGAAAAGUACAUUUCAAGAGCUGCUAUUUUGUAUAGGCAGAUUCUUGCUAAGGAAGUUGCAUCUGAUUAUGCUGCCAAGGUAGAGUUACCUCCUCAGGAAAGUUCUUGUGUGAAACGUGAAGCUACCGGUAAGAAGCCUAUCGGUGCAAAAACGACUGGUGCUCUUGGUGCAUGGAAGCUUACUACUAAGCCAGACGGAAAACUCUACGAGCAGACAGCGGAAGAAUCAUCUUGGAGUGCAAAUAGUAAAAGCGGAAUCGAUUCAUCACUAACUACUCGGUUUGAGUUGGAAGACGAGUUGCAAUCUGGAGGAAAGAGCGGUGGUGGAACACAAGUGCUUAGCCAUGUUUCUCCACCAAAGUCAAGCUCCAGCUCGUCGAGAGUCGUCCUGGUUGAAGAAUCAGAUGCAGCAAGGAAGAGGUUCUUACACGCAAAGUCCAUAUCCUCUGCUCAGUUUUUUGGGGACUCGGCUCAAUCAGAAACUACCAAUGAGGAGUUGCUGUUGAAGAAUGAUUCCUCACUGGUAGGGAACAUAGUGGGCAAAACGAAAGAGAACCUCGACUCUUUGGCCUUUGCUAUAAAAGAUGCUUUCUUUAAGAUGUCAAGUCAAGAUCAUGUCCUUUAUACACUCCGUAGGGACCUGAGUGACUUAAUGCAGAUAAUAUAUGGCAAAGAUGCUGAUGCCAUCCCUUUUGCCACUCGUCUUCGAUGGGUCGAUGAUGUGUGUAUACGAGUGAGAAUUGCCACAUUAGGGGAAAACGCUUUCAGGGAAGACCAAACAGACUUGGUUAAUGGCAUUCGACGCGAUGCCCAUGAUUUGAUGGAAGAACUACGCUGCAGGCAGAAACUUUUGCUACGAGAACAACAGUUCUUCGGAAACAGAAUUGACUAG